AAAUGGAUAUAAAACACCAGCUUUGUCUAAAAACACUUUCAAAAAUGAUGUAAAACCUUCCGGCAUGGCUCCGUGUUUGAGGACAAAUAAAGCUGCUUCAGGCUGAUGACGCUGCCCCUUCCACGUUUACACCGGACGUGGCAGUCUGGAGUGAAAUCACGGUAACUUCCCUCCCUGAAUCGUGGCCAGACCCGUUUAAAAAUACAUUUCGUUUGCUGUCGUCGUGCUUUAAAUAUCAGUUCUAGUUUUAAAUAGUGAAAAAACCCUCCUCGGGCAGCCAUGGGGCUCACCAUCUCGUCGAUCUUCGGUCGUCUGUUCGGGAAGAAACAGAUGAGGAUUCUGAUGGUUGGACUGGAUGCUGCUGGAAAAACAACAAUCCUGUACAAACUGAAGCUUGGUGAAAUUGUGACCACUAUCCCAACCAUUGGAUUCAAUGUGGAGACGGUAGAAUAUAAAAAUAUCAGCUUCACCGUUUGGGAUGUGGGUGGCCAAGAUAAGAUCAGACCUCUCUGGAGGCAUUACUUCCAGAACACACAGGGUCUUAUCUUUGUAGUGGACAGUAAUGACAGAGAACGAAUUGUUGAGUCUGCGGAGGAGCUCACCAAAAUGCUUCAGGAAGAUGAGCUGAGAGAUGCCGUCUUACUGGUGUUUGCCAAUAAGCAGGACCUUCCAAAUGCCAUAUCAGUCAGUGAACUGGCAGACAGACUCGGCUUACAUUCACUUCGCAGCAAAAGAUGGCACAUUGAAUCCACCUGCGCCACCCAGGGCACCGGGCUGUAUGAAGGACUUGACUGGCUGUCCAAAGAGCUGUCGAAGAACUAAUGAAGGAUCGGCUGGACAGAGUGUGACUGAUCAACACGGGACAUGAGAAAAGACUCAGACGUUCAAUCCAGAGCCAGUUUGUUUUAGCACCAAUGUUUACAAAAAAACCUCCAGCCUAUUGGACAGUUAACUCAGUUAUGAUAAUCCCUGUUUUAUGCUUUGUUUUUCAUAUUUUCAGUAGUUUAUUUCUUUGUGCCUGGUCUUUCCUUUUCACACUCAUUCAUUUACUCUUUUUGUUUCAUGGUGAGCAAAAUUAUAUUUUUGGAGAUUUCACAGAAAGAAAUGCAUUUCUAAAUUUAGGAUUGAUGGUAGAGGUUGACUGCUGGUCUCCCUCAAGCUGUUAAUUGUCAUACCCCCUGCUGUUAAUAAACUUCUGGAUGCUU